UGUGCGGACACACCUGAGCAGCAUCUUUCCCGUCCGGGCCGCUCCCACCUCCAACGAGGAGGCUAUAAAGUCCAUCCUCCGGGCCGCCCUGUGCUGCAUCUCUCCCGCACCGCUCCUUGGGUCCUCACAGGUUCUCCCCGACUCCACGCAGAAGACGCAUGACGAUGUACGGCUCUGGCUAUUCCGCCCUCUCCAUGUCCUCCGUGUCCCGGUCCGCGGGCUACAGGCGCGGCACGAGCGUCCACGGCGGCGCAGGCGGAUCCAACGUCCGGGUGUCGUACGCCUCCAAUGGCCUCGGCUCUGGCUUUGACUUGGCGAGCGCCCUCGGCGGCGGCGGCGGCGGCGGCGGCGACGGGAGCAGCUUCUCCAUCUCGGGCAGCGAGAAGCACACCAUGCAGAACCUCAACGACCGCCUGGCCACCUACCUGGAGAAAGUGCGCAUGCUGGAGGGCGCCAACACCACCCUGGAGCGUCAAAUCCGCGAGUGGUACGACAGGCAGACCCCCACCGUCAACGACUACAGCAAGUAUGAGGCGAUCAUCGAAGACCUGCGCAAAAAGAUCAGUGUUGCCACACAGGACAAUGCCAGGCUGAUGCUGCAGAUUGACAAUGCCAGGCUGGCAGCAGAGGAUUUCAGAAUCAAGUUUGAGAAUGAGUUAGCGGUGCGCAUGUCGGUGGAGGCGGACAUCGCCGGGCUGCGCAGGGUUCUGGAUGAACUGACCAUGUCGCGGUCUGACCUGGAGAUGCAGGUGGAGGGCCUGAAGGAGGAGCUGGUCUACCUGAAGAAGAACCAUGAAGAGGAGAUCGCAGCCAUGCGCAGCCAAGUUAAUUCCAGCUCUGUCAACGUGGAAGUGGACGCCAAACCUCAGGUGGACAUUUCUGCCACUAUAAAUGAGAUCAGAGCUCAGUAUGAGAGCAUCACUGAGAAGAACCGCCGCGAAAUGGAGGAGUGGUACAAGGUCAAGUUUGACGAACUGAACAGCCAGGUGGCAUCAAGCACAGAGACACUCCAGGUCUCCCGAACUGAGAUCAAUGAUCUCAAGAGGACCCUGCAGUCCUUGCAGAUCGAGCUGCAGUCCCAGCAAAGCCUGAAAUCUGCUUUGGAGGGUCAGCUGGCAGAGACAGAGUCCAACUACAACAUGAAGCUGUCUCACCUCCAGAUCCGGGUCAACACCCUGGAGGAAGAACUCAAAAAUGUGAGGGCGGACAUCGAGAGGCAGGCCUAUGACUACAAGGUGCUGUUUGACAUCAAGACCAGGCUGGAGAUGGAGAUCGCCGAGUACAGAAGACUGCUGGAUGGAGAGGAGAGAGGGUCAGUGGAGAUCAAAGUGGUGGAGGUGGUCAAAGCUAAACCAGUCGUAACCCAGAGAAGGAGGAUUUUGAUUGAGGAGAUAGUUGAUGGAAAAGUGGUGUCCCGCACAGAAGAUGUAAACACAGAGGUCAUCGAGUAGACGGACCGGUUGCCAAUGGAUCAAAUUACAAAAUUACAAUAAAAGCUGUUUUCCUCUUUCUGACACCCAGUUGAUGUUCUGCCCACCUGAAGUCUACUCAAACUGACUAGGACAUCUUUUACAUAUUCAUUCCAAAUAUUUGUGCAGCGUUAAAAUUUAGUAGAUUUAUUGUCAGAAUUAUUCAUCCUAAUAUAUUAUCCUAAGAAAACAUACAUUGCUAUUGAAAAACAAAAUGGUUUAAAAAGUAAAAAAAGAAUUUGUAGGUUUUGGGGUCUUUUCUUUCUUGUCAUACCACCUAAUUCAUUAAAGACCCAUUGACAACAAAUUUACUGACUUUGUUUUCUGUUUUCAUUUAUGAUGCUGUUGAAAUGGUGUUGAGUAUGUAAAGAAGAGGUCUGCUUUUGUUUCUUUGCAGCUGGUUUGCACAUCUUUGUAGUUGUUGUGGCAUCUUAGUCAUAUUUUUCUAUCUCCUUGGGAAGUUAAAAGUUGGUGGUUAUUGUGGGUGCUGAGAAAUAAAUAAUAUUAAAUGAC